CGCAUGCGCCCGGCGGUCCUUUCCCAGCUCGGACUGUCUGGGCAGCUGAGAUCUCUGCAAAACACAAGAGGCUCCGCGAGUCCAGGAAGAGCAGUGCGGGGCCCUCCACUCCUCAUGUCACCAAUGUGGCCCCUCGUACUCCUCCCAGGGGCCACACAACACUGCGACCUCAAUGCUGCAAAUCUACAGUAGUCCCUGGAGAGGAUGAAGUGGUGAAAGGAUGGGGCUUUCUCCUGCAAGAUUGCACAAUGGCCAGAGAGGACUCUGUGAAGUGCCUACGCUGUCUACUCUACGCCCUCAAUUUACUUUUCUGGCUGAUGUCAAUAUGUGUUUUGGGGGUUUCUGCAUGGAUGAGAGACUACAUAAAUAACGUACUUACUCUGACAGCGGAAACAAGGGUGGAAGAAGCUGUACACCUCAUUUACUUCCCUGUGUUCCAUCCAGUGAUGGUCGCUGUCUGUUGUUUCCUCAUCAUUGUGGGCAUGCUGGGUUACUGUGGAGCUGUGAAGAGCAACUUGAUUCUUCUUGCCUGGUAUUUUGGAAGCUUGUUGGUAAUUUUCUGCAUUGAGUUAGCAUGUGGAGUCUGGACAUAUGAGCAGGAAGUCACGGCAGUAAUUCAGUGGUCUGAUAUGGUUAGUUUAAAAUCCAGGAUGCCAAAUUAUGGCCUACCAAGAUACCAGUGGUUGACAAAUGCUUGGAAUUUUUUUCAAAGAGAGUUCAGAUGCUGCGGAGUGGUGUAUUUGACUGACUGGCUGGAGAUGACAGAGAUGGAUUGGCCCCCUGAUUCCUGCUGUGUGAAAGAAUACCCAGGAUGCUCCAAACAAGCACACCAUGGAGAUCUUAGUGAUUUGUAUCAGGAGGGUUGCAGCAGAAAAAUGUACAGUUUCCUGAGAGGAACAAAACAGCUACAAGUGUUACGGUUUUUAGGAAUCUCUAUUGGUGUUACCCAGAUUCUAGCAAUGAUCCUCACUAUUACCUUGUUAUGGGCUCUGUAUUAUGAUCGGAAAGAUCCCAGAACAGAUCAAAUCAUACCUCUGAACCUUGAAAGUACACAGUACCAAUGUCAUCCAGUGGACACUUUACAACCACACCUGUCAAGGACUUCUGAUCAAAGAACUACUGCCAAUGGAUUUAAUACAUACCUUGAAAUGGAUGAACUUUAACUGGUUGCAUUUGCUGUGUUAGUGCAAGUGCCAAUGGUUUUAUUCUGCAGUUGAAUUAUAUUUAUGUUAAGUGUGCAUCUUUCCUCAAGGAACAGGUAAAUAAUUGAACCCUGAUAAAAAAAAGAUAAGUUGGUACAGCAAGAUUUGACUGAUCUACUGAUUUUAGUAUUCUUUGACCCAUAUUAGCAUACACACUGGCCAAUAUGUUACAUUGACUCUAUAUUUUGAAUGUUUCAUUUAUUCUACCUUCUAUUGUAAUGAUCACUGACAGAUCAAAUGUGGAGAGUUUAUCUGAGAUCUACACGAUCAAAAUGCCAUUAUGGCAUAGAUAGUAUAUUAAUAAUAGAAUAAUCCUACGUUUACAUGUCUUUAUUGUCCAUGUAGCAUUUGUUUUGUCAUCUUUUUUAAAUUAUUUUAAGAGGAACACAGGAAUGCCUGUGAACUAAUUUGUAUUUCUGAAAAGCUAGUCUUUGCCACUGUCUGGGCUCCAAAAGCUAAACAUCUUCAUUGCACCAAAAGAAGGAAGACUCUGUUAUCCCUGUCUGCAUUGUCUGCAGUUAUCACUAUGUAUCCUCAGUCUGGCAUUCUGAACUAUGCCCAAACCUUUGCUGAACUUUGUGUGUUGCAUAUCCCAAUUCUGUUCCUGUGCAUAACCUUCAGAUUUCAGGUGCAAAUAUACUGUACACUUUUCUCAGCCA